AUGGGAGGAACAGGAAAAAUAGACGUGCACGCGCACGCAAUCCCUCCACGCUACCGCGCCCACCUCAUCGCGCACGGCCACUCGCACCCGGACGGCAUGCCGUACAUCCCAGCCUGGGAGCCGUCCUCGCACCUCUCCUUCAUGGAGAAGAUGGGCAUCACCAUGUCCAUACUGAGUAUAACUUCGCCGGGUACUUACUUGGCCGACGGAGAUGAUGAGGCGAAUAGGAAGAUCACGCGCGAGGCCAAUGACGACUUGGCGGCGGUAUGUAGGGAGUAUCCGGACAAGUUCAGGUUCUUCGCGAGUCUGCCGUUGCCGAACAUGCAAGGGGCGCUGGAUGAGAUUGAUUAUGUGCUUGAUCGGAACAAAGAGCAAAUGGGUCUUGGUCAAGGUAGCAAGAUGUGCGUGGGAUUCGUCAUUCUGUCCAAUGCUGCCGGCGUCUACCCCGGAGACAAGUCUCUGGCGCCGAUAUGGGAAAAGCUGAAUCAACGCAAGGCGCUGGUCUUCGUCCAUCCAACCAGUUGCCAUUUGUGCCCAUCCUCCGCUUCUGCAGAUCACCGUGGUUCUGGAGAACCGCAAACCGCGUCCGUACCGACUAGUUCGCCAAAUACGAGAAGAGCACUCUCUUCAUACCACCCACUGCCUAUCUUGCCAAAUCCGAUGUUGGAAUUCCCCUUCGACACCACAAGGGCAGUGGCAUCUUUGAUCCUCAGCGGCACAAUCCAGCGGCACCCAGAGGUCCGAAUCAUAAUCCCCCAUGCUGGCGCGGUGCUCCCGCCCUUGAUCGCGCGGUUCGCAGCCGUAUCAUCGUUCAUGGUGCAAGCGGCUGCGGCUACGGGCCAAGACGCUGGUGUCAUCGCGGUUUCAGAACAGGAGGUCAAAGACAUCCUGGCACGCCAGUGCUACUUUGAUCUUUCCGGCACGCCUUUUCCGGACCAUUUGAAGAUGUUGCUUGUGGUCAUGCCAGAUGCUCAACGGAUCCUGUAUGGGACGGACUAUCCGUUCACCCCUGGCAACGCCCUUGUUGCAGCAAAGGCAGCGCUGGAUGGUGCUUUGAUGCAUUUCUUUCCAGGGGACAAAGCGGACAAGGUCAUGAGGGAAAACGUCGAAAACAUCCUGGGGCCGCGUGAGUAG